AUGGCGCUUUCUUUACUGGUCAAUGCUGUCCUACUGGCUAUCCCGCUAGGAGGAUCCGUGGGGACUCUCGUCGGUAUCGAUGCCCACCUAGCAGCCACCGGUCAAAAACCACUUUUUCACAGUGAUGGCGGCGACUCUAGCUCAGGGGGAAGUGAUGGAAGUGGAAGUUCAGGAGGAAGUACGGGCGGAGGCUCAGGAGGAAAUGGCAGCACCACAAAUGACGGCGUUACUGUGACUCGAUACUGUGAAUCAUCAUAUGGUAUCUCACCACCAUCAUCGGGUGAAUUAUUCACAUUCAAUCCCAACCAGUGGGGUGUCACAGCCUCAACCACAGGCGGUUUGUGUAUGAAUGUCACAACAUUCAAUAACGAGACCUACCCCACCAAGACAACCGCUCCCGAGUGGUCAGUCACCUGGCAGUACGACGUUGGUCCAGAGACACAGCCCGUUCACGCGUACCCCAAUAUUCAAGUUGACGAUGUCCUUCCUCUGGAGCUGGAGAAUAUGGAUGAGAUCGAGUUUGCGCUUCACUGGACCUAUGGAGUAGGCACGACAGCUGCAUCAACCACAGACGAGACAAGCCUCAACACUGAAUCACUCCAAUGCAACGUUGCCAUCGAUAUGUUCUUUGACAGUGACAAGACUACCGCACAGAACAGUACUUCCGCUGAAUUCGAGGUCAUGGUGUGGUUUGCGCGGUUCGGUGCCUCGUCAGAUCCCAUUGGGUAUUCUGAAGGUGUGGUAACCACCCACACGGUGAACGGCACAACCUUUGAUCUCUACAGCGGAACAAAUUCAAACAGUCAGAACGUGUUGACUUGGAUUGCUGCCAAUACCACAGAGGAGUUCAGUGGUGAUAUCUAUCCUCUCAUCACCGAUCUCUACUCUCUGUCUGGCAGCAACUAUCCGGCCAAGACAGACUACAUGGGCAUUUUCCAAUUCGGAACCGAAGCAUUCUCAGCGGACACGAAUGUCACCUUCUCAGUGUCGUCGCUGUCGAUCGAUAUUAAGAAGUCAUAA